AUGGUUCGAGGAAGUGCACGUGUUAAAUCUGGUGGAGGGAAUAUGGCACAAGAUACUCUGAGAAUACACAAACCGCUAGGAUUGAAUAUGAGUUUAUUCCAGUUUUUAAGAACUGGUUAUUUUGAAAAAGACUUAUUGACUUAUUGUGCUAAUCGUUUGGCUGAAUAUUCAUGUACAUAUUGGCUUGAUCCUACAGUGAAUGGAAAUAGUGAAACAGGAGAUUUCACUACGGCUUUAACAUCACCAUCAGCGUCAACAACUACUACAUCUGUCCACAGUGAAUUCACAAAAUAUCCAAGUCAUUUUAUCGAUCAAACAUCCAUGCAGAAUAUAACCAAUUUUAAAUCGGUGAAAUUUGUUAGUGAAGCACAAACACUCAGUGGUACAUUUCUUGGCCCAUUGAAUAUUCGUGGGCUGAUUCAAUCCACAUCAGCUGAAGGUGAAACAUUAGCCAUCUUAGAAAAUAAUCGAGUGUCGCUGAGUCAACUAGCCAUUGUUUUAAUUAUCCCCCUAAUUCUCUCUGGAUCAUUAUUAAACUGUCUAUUAAUCAAUAAUAUAACACAACGUAUAUCACGUCACCAGUUACCAUGGAUAGUAUAUUUAAUUUACAUUAUUCUAUUGGAUCAAUUUGAUCUGAUGUUAAAUUCAAUCGAUUUUCUUGUUGAAUCAUAUCAUGAAAUACGCUUAGUUAUUGUGCUACAAUUUUUAGGACGUUUUUAUUGUCAAAUAUUACCAAUGAUUUACAGUCUAUUAAAACAUAUACACUCAGGUAUAUUUAUUUUAUUGACUAUUGAAACAUUGAAACUAACCUAUAAUCCAUUGAAACAAUUGAACGCGGGUGAAUUAAAACAACGACAAAGAAAGCAAGUUAUACAAAACACGUUAAUAUUUAUUUCUGUAAUAAUUAUCACACUGAAUUGUCAGUUUAUAUGGACGUUUGAUAUCUCUCAAUUGGAAACACUGAUAUUGCAUGGAAGAAUUGUACAUAAUCUGUAUAAAUGUGAUUUUGCUACUACGUCGGUAUUAAGUCCAACAUUUUUAUAUUAUAUAUGGCCAUUAUUUGAUCAUAUAUGCGGUGAUAUAUUGCCGUGUUUAAUAUGUCUGUCAAGUGGAGUUGUUGGUUAUAUGCUAUAUCGAUAUAAAGUAAAACGAUUAGUGGAAAGUAUACAGGAUUAUAUCCACCAAGGAGAUGAUCAGAAGGUCUACUCUGUUGAAACUGACGUGAAAAGAUGCAAAUAUCAGGAGGAGGAGGAAGGGCAGGAGCUACCGCAGUCGCCUUCAUUUCAUCUACAUGAGGAGCUGACGAAUCAUAAUGAUGUGUCAGAAUUAUUCAAUGUUCAAUGGAUUCAACAAAUUAUUCGUGUUUUUAUUUUAUUUUGUUUUAUUCAUGGAAUAUUUUUAUUACCAAGAUGUUUAUAUUAUUUGACGAAAUAUUUUCUCUUUAUAAGUAGAGAAACCUACCGUAGUUAUCCACCAAAUGUACAGGGACCAGAUGAUAUGGAAAAUCACACAGAAGAAGAAGAUUUAUCCAAUAAAAUCACACAAAUUAUGGAAUUGCUUAAACCAUAUGAAGUUUAUUUGGACAGUUAUGAAACUGCACUGCGUUAUUCCAAUUUCCUUGAAGUACACAUCAGAGCUAUCACCUUAUUAUUUGGUGUAGAAGAAUUCAGAACUAAUCUCUACGCAUACUUCAACACAUUUAUUCAAUAUGUUAAACAUUUAUCACCUAAUAUACGCAAAAAGAUACAUCAUUGCUGUAGAAAGCGGACACACCGUGGAAAAUGCGAUAAGUCAUUUGUUGAACACAAUCAAUCCCAGAUGACUCAUGAAGACUCCAUAGAAAUGAUGCCUGAUGUAAGCAAAGUAUCACAGUAUCAUUGCAGUGACCUGAGCGACAGUAAUAGUAAUAGUAAUAAUAAUAAUGUACAGUCAAAUCUUGACGUUCCGAUGACUACUUAUGUGUUAAACCAUCAGUCUACUCAUAUGCAAAACAGUAGUAUACGUAAUGUUAGUACAAAAAAUAUUGAAGUGAAUACAUCCACUCAUCAAACUAUUACAUCAAAUAUACCUAUUUUAAAUAUUAACUCAAAAUGGAAUUGGAAUAAUAAUUCAUUAAAACAAGAAAUAUUGAAUGUUGAACGCGAUCAGUUCAAUACUAAUUCUAACAGUGAACAGACACCGAGAAAGUAUAAAAUUAUCUAUUUAUGAAAUUCAUUACUAAAAGGAAG